AUGUUAAUUUCCUCCUCUUUCCUCCUCCUUCUCCUCUCCUUCCUCUCCCCAUAUGCAAUUGCUGAAAUCUUUGAUGGACAUGCAGAUCAAGGAAUUAGUGUUAUUUUCCCUUUGGCAGAAGAACAACCGCCUGGAACAUUAAUCGAGAGUUUAGUAGAAAAACUAGGCCCAAAACCUUCUUCUUCAUCGCAAGUUUUAUUCACUCCACUCGGGCAAGAACGGUACAUUAGGCUGAACCAGACUUCAGGUCAGCUGUUCGUCCGAACUAGGAUUGAUCGAGAGGCUCUAUGUGAACAAGUGGGUACCUGUUGUACCUCAUCUUCCAAACCCCAGAAUUCCUUUCCUCAUGCUUUUGAAAAUGAUGCUGCCAAUCCGGAUUGCGCACUGCGCCUCUUGGUUAUUGAUCAACGAGAAUCAGGUUCGUCCACUCAGCCAAAACUUGUACAUAUAAUCUUCAAUAUUAUGGAUAUUAAUGACAACCCACCCAAGUGGUCGCCUGAUACAUUAGAAAUUGAGAUUCCGGAACACAGUCCAAUUGGGACUACUAUCCAACUACCUGAAGCCAUUGACCCGGAUCAGUGCAUCGAAAGUGCGCCUAUUCGAUAUGAACUCAUACCUCAGAUUGAAAGUACUAAUGGUUUUUCUAGUCAUGAAUCUCGCAAUAUAGCUGACAUGUUUAUGCUUUCAAUUACGCCCAUUGAUUCCUCUUUUGGAGCUUUACAAAAACUUAACCUUCAACUAAAAGUGAAUGGUGAUCUUGAUCGGGAACGCCGUGAUCAAUAUCGUUUGCUAUUGAUUGCAACAGAUGGAGGCAGUAACAACCCAGUGUUUGGAGACAGAACUGGAACAUUAAAUAUCAUAGUAAAAGUUACAGAUAUUAAUGAUCAGGCGCCUUAUUUCCCUGACGAACAUCCGUCUGUAGAAGUAUCUGAAGAUAUUGAACCGAGAACGAGAAUAUUUACAAUGUCAGCAAAAGAUGACGAUCCAUCUGACGCGACUCGCCUGAUUUACAGAUUUGCAUCUACGGCUAGUGGGGAAGUUAUGCGACUUUUUAGCAUUGAUGAAAAGACUGGAACUAUCACAUUAUCUCAUGAGUUAGAUUACGAGAUAGCGCCAUUACUCCCUGAUUCAAGAUCCUCAAACUCCAUCUACAGUACCCAGGGCAGCAAGGCGAAGGAAGUGGGGUACAUUAUACCCGUAAGAGUAACAGAUGGUGUUCAUUUUUCCCAAGCUGAAUUACGCGUUCGCCUUAAAAACGUUAACGACAAUGCUCCCAACAUAACUGUUCAGUCUCAUUUACCUCGCUGGAGGAAUACAAAUGAUUUACUUUUGCCAGAGGACGUUGCAGUUGGUACAAUGAUUGCAACAAUAACCAUGGAAGAUGCGGAUGAAAGAUGGAUGGAUGAUAAAUAUGGAAGUGGAAGAGGAUAUAGUGAAUCGCAAUGUGAAACAGCUCAUCCAUUCUUUGCUGUUCAACCACUAUUUCCUGGUGCUCGGUACCAGUAUAUGUUGGUGACGUCACGACGUUUAGAUAGAGAAACUAAGAGUGCGCAUACCGUUUCAAUUGCUUGCCAUGAUUCCGGCCAGCCUGUUCUCUCUCGAGGUGUUCAUGUUGUAAUUCAUCUUGAAGAUUUGAAUGACUCGCCUCCAGUUUUUACUCAAGGGCUAUAUCAGUCAAAGAUAGCAGAAAAUCUUCCCUUUAAUACACUGAUUGAUAAAGUACAGGCUACUGAUUCUGAUAUUGGCCUCAACGCAGCAAUUCGUUAUGGUAUUAAAAGUGAUGUAGACCUGGGAGAUUUGAUUAAAUUAGAUCCAAUAUCGGGUCAAAUAUACAGCGCGACAGCUUUUGACAGAGAGAAAAUGGAGUCAAUCAACUUUACUGUGAUUGCAACGGAUUGUGCCGCCGGUGGGAUGAAUCAAAGUGAGAAUCAUGAGAGCUGCAGCGUUGUGCAUACAGCUUCAGCCAGUGUGAUUAUUAUGAUUGAAGAUGUAAAUGACUGUAUUCCUGAAUUCGAUCGGAGCAAUUACGAAUUCAUUGUCAAAGAGGGCCAACGACCGCAGCAAUCCGUAAGUCAAAGGUUUCUUUGA